UUCUUUUCUUUUUUUUUCCUUCUACUCCUUCACGACAUGGAUGCGUCAGUACGUCAUCAGAUAUACUUCCUACUGAUAGUUAGUAUUGGGCUGGCGUAUUGCGAGCCACCAUUGAGUAAUCAGUACGGUUACCCUGGAAAUAGUAACAACGGAAAUUUCGUCGGUGGCAACAACGGAAAUUUGGGCGGUGGUAACAACAAUUACAGGCCCCACGAUGGCGGUCACUCCUACGAUGACGGACACAAUGACAAUCAAGAUUACGCCGAUAAUUACCCAAAAUCGUAUGAGUUCGGAUAUGCGAUAAAAGACGCUACUACAGGUAACGAUUUUGGUCGUCGCGAGUCGAGUGACGGUGAAACAGUUCGUGGAGAGUAUAGGGUACAACUUCCUGAUGGGAGGACGCAGAUUGUAACAUAUACAGCUGACUGGAGAACUGGCUUUCACGCAGAUGUGAGAUAUGAAGGCACUGCGACUUAUCCUGAUCAGUAUAAUACGCAGAACAAUGCUUAUAACAAUAACAAUAAUAAUAACAAUCAAGGCUACGACUUUCAAGGGAAUAGCAUAAAUAAUGGAUAUAACGGAGGUAAUAAUGCUGGUUACAAUAAUAAUAAUAAUAAUAACUACAAAUAUGGAGGUAGCAAUUACAAUCAGAAUAAUUAUCAAUUUGGCACAAAUGCACUGGACAAUAAUUAUAACUUCGGUGAUGUUACACGGAACACUUAUAAGCCACCAGUUUAUGGUCCACCAGUUGGAUAAAUAUAAACAAAAGAACAUUAUGAUUGUAUAAAAUUUUUACCUCUUUUUUUAAUAAAUAAAUGUUUCCUUAAUUCU